CCUCCGCCGCCACCGCCGUCGCCACCAUGGAUAUCACCUUCAUCACGAUGCACGACCUGACGCCCGGUACCUUCCAUCCACCCGUCUAUCCCUUGGGCCGUCCGUAAUCAUGUGUAGGUGGGCGAGCUGACCUAGACGGGGUAUGCCAGACGCGCGGGUGCUCUACGCCUCCGACUCAAUCGGCGACGUACUCGGCUACCAGCCACGAGAGGUAGUUGGCAAGUCUUGCUUCGAAUACUUCCACCCGGACGAAACGCCGUUCGCCAAGGCCGUUCACGGCCGCGGAGUGCACCUUGACCGCGCCGCAAUGCUUUCCUACUGCAAUUUGAAACGGACCGAUGGCGUCUACGUCCGCUGCGAAUGCGUCUUCACCGUCGUCUACUCUGUUAUUGUGGCUUGUACGUCCCUGUACAGGUACACUGAAAAAAGCCAGGGCCGUGCUGCUGUCGCCCCUGCCAUCCGCCGCGCCUUCUCCACACCCGAGCGGGAUCCUAGAUAUCAGAUGUUAGCGCACCUAUCGCCGAAAUUCACGACACCCCGACGGCCACCGGGGCAGUCAGUGAACGAUCACGAGCCGCGCGCCGCACUGAUCCUGAACCGCUUUACCCGCACAUUGAGCAUCAUGUAUGCGACGCACGCACUCGGCGAGCUCCUGGGCAUCCAGGCGGAAGAUGCCGUCGGACGGAGCUUCUACCACUGUAUUGCCGAGGACUGCCUCGUCGACUGCAUCGACGCCGUCGAGCGCGCGAAGGAAAACGACUCGAUCGCGUACCUCCGCUUCCGCUGGCGGGACCCGCGUCGACGUGACGGCGAGGAAGGCGAGGACGAGGAGGACGGCGCCACCCCUGCCCCCGACGACGACGACGACGAGGGAGACGACGUCCGCGAAGGCCCCAGCUCCGGCUCCGACCAGGGAACCAGCGAGGGCGAGGGUAGCGAAGACGGCUCGCUCGAAAGCCGCCGCGGCUCGACCCCGCAAUCGUCCAUCUCUGGCUCUGCCGGCCCCGCGCCACCCGCGCCCCCCGCCCCCGUCGCAAACGAAACUACAGAAGUCGAAGCGGUCGUCUCCUGCACUUCGGACGGCCUCGUUGUGAUCCUGCGCAAGGCGCGCGCAGAGGGACCACUAGUCUCGGCCGCGCCGUGGGCGCUCCCCCCGCGCGCCGCGGCUCCGGCAAAACCCCUGCCGUCCGCCGCCGCACAGACGGACUUUAUGGACUCCAUCAGACAGGUCGCUGUCUUUGCCUGGUCCCUGAGGUCCAUCAAUGGCGAUAUCAUGUCCCAUGCCCUGCCCGGCAGGCCCUUGCCCGAUGCGAGUGAGCGCGUGGGCGACUUUGUCAAGCCGGGCACUACGCAUUGGAAACGCGCUAGGGAGUGGGACGAGAUGCUGGAGGAGCGUGAGGGCGGUGAGCAGGAGGAUGUGGGCGUGGACGAUGCAGGGAAGGAUGGGAGCGAGAGGAGGGGGAAUAAGAGGAGGGCGUUGUAAUGGGCUGGCUUGAGAUAUUGUGUAGGCGCUAGUUUUUUCUUUGCUUUGCUUUGAUUUGAUUUGAUUUGACGGAUCGGCCGUUUGCUGUUACUGGCCGCUUGAUCUUGCUGCUUGUUCUUGUGAUUUGGUAACUGGUUUAGUUUGGGAUGCGGUGGGUUUGUAGGGUUUGUAGG